GGUGUUGCUGGUCCAUCCUUUUACUUGGAACGGAUUGAAGAAUUCCUCAGAGUAGGAGGGGAAAUGACAGAUGUGAAGAAGCGGGCGAUUGGGGAUAUUUCAAGCGCCCCGAUGCUUAUGCUUCGUUGCUGUGCAUCAUGUCAUGGUCGCUCGAAUAUCCACGAGCGCAUCUCGAGAACGAAAACGUUCACCAUCUCCACUCAGCGCCAGGAGCGCGGCGAAUAAUGGAUUUACCUACAGUAGCUGAGUCCUAGGUAGUCUUCCAUCGAAAGCUAAAAUGCCUACAAAGUAAUCCCGCAGUUUCAAGGAGG